ACUAUGAAAACCACCCUUGCACAGUGAAAGACAUGAAGAUUUUCAAAGAACGGUGAAUCUUUGGACCGGUCUUGGUCCAAUUCCCGGUGCUGGUCUACAGUCAUUUGGUACAAAUGCAGAGGAAACCUCCAAAUAUUUUACUCUGUUUUCUACUGGGAUUUGAACCCUCCAUAUGGAAAGAUCUGAGCCCGGUGACACUCCCAACGUCUGGUCUCAGGCCCUGCCGUGCUUUUCUCUCUCCCUCUUUCUUUCUGAUCUGACCAAACUUUGACAUCUGUGAGGCCCAGUGAAAAAUACAAAAAGAGGGUGGAGAUAAAUCUUUAUAAAAUUCACACCCUUCACUCUCUGGUUCACCUUUUGAAACCUUUACUAGAAUAAACUACGACCUUUUACAGAUCAAGGUUAUGUAUCAGAUUCCCUUUUUUGGAGAUUCACGAACGUGGAUCAUGGCGGUGAGCGUCGGGCUUUCUCUGUUGUGAUCAACGUUUGAUGAAGGCGGAGGAGACACAACAAUGGAGUUAUUGGGAAUGCCCGCACCACAAAAAUGCGAGCAUGGUCUUAAUUGCUGUUUAUUGAGGUCUCUGCUUGUUAUUGUUGGAGCUGAUUUUUAAAGACGAAGAGGAAGAUGCACUUUAAUGGUUCUCGUUGAAGUACCAACAAGGAAAAAAAAAUUGUCAUCUUGUUCUUAACUACUCUUCUUCCGUGGUCCCUUCUGGAGAAGAAAGCGACAAGAUGAUGGGUUUUUCAGGAGCACCAAGAUGCAAGAAAUAUGAUCUCAUAUCUCAAUUGGCUGCCUCCUUCUCCCGCCAUGGCUGUGAAAGAGCCUUCUGUGUUGCCAUGAAUAUGCCUCUGCAAUAAGUGCCUGCGUUUCCAAAGGUGGAAAGCCGAAAACUAAUGCUGCAGGAGAGGCUCUGUGACCGACAGGAGAAUUACAAUACGGGGCAGGAGUUGUUUCUGUAUGUGUUUGUUUCGUUGGUAACCCACUGUGGCCUAGCUGUCCAUUGCUGCAGAAGACGAACUGUUGGAGAAGUGAAAAAUUUAAUCUGCGCACUCUCCUUUGAAGAACACUGAGGUCAAACAAAUACCAUCUUGGUUCUGUUACCUGUGUUCAUUGCGACUGUUCAAUGCAUAAAUGCAACUCAGAAGCUGAAGGACUAAAACCAUAGGCAAAUUUCUUAGCAAGAGGUAAAAUCAGCGGCUUUUUUUUGUGCCGGAGUAUCCUUUUCCUUUUUCUCUUAGGAUGCUUCUUCACUCUGAACCAAGUUUACUCUAGCUAAAGCCUUCUACAUGUGAGCUUCGAUUCAAAAAGAUUGGUUUUCUUCUCCAGCUUCCGUUUUUUUGCUCUUGGUCUCAUACAUGGCUUCCACACCAUCUGAAGUUCCUGUUGACCCUCAUGCUGUCACCUCGCCCAGCAAUGCGACAGCGAUUCCUGUCAUUGGAGAUAAGCCUCUGACAAUCAGAUUGAAGACUCCGGAGUGCCACACUGAGAAAUCUCCCCCAAUUUCGCCAUCCAUAUUGCUCUCCCCUUCACUAAAAAUCUCCCCAGAUUCCUCUCGCUUGAACUCUCCUUCCCUUGUUUCUCCACCAUCCUCUGCUUUCGUCUCCGCGUUGCAGUCACCUUACAUAUCUCCGCGAGCGCAUCUGCCGGCGGAGAAUCCUCAGCAGUCGCCGGUCUCCCACUCUGGCUCGCAUUCAGAUGACAUACCCAGCUCUUCUUAUACUCCCCCACCGGAAAAAACAGAUUUUUCCGAUGACUUGACUGACCAGAAGCCUAGGUUCUCAGCAUGUAUUGCAGAUCCAAUGCCACCCCGAAUCUCUUUUUCCUUCCCUGUCCCUCGCGUUUCAUUCACCAAGGGCUCCGCUUCUCCUCCUCAAUCUGCGAAACUCAGGAGCUGCGAUGUCUAUAUUGGCUAUCACGGCCAAAACUCCAAUCUGGUCCGAUUCUGCAGGUGGCUGAAAUCAGAACUCGAGCUUCAGGGAAUUGCUUGCUUCCUUGCGGAUCGAGCAAGAUAUUCGGACACACAAAGCCUUGAAAUCGCUGACAGAAUUAUCUGUUCCGCUACCUAUGGCGUUGUCGUUGUCACUGGAAGCAUUUUCUUGAAUCCAUUUAGCAUGGAGGAGCUCAGAAUUUUCAACCAGAAAAAGAAUUUGAUCCCGCUGCUCUUCGAAACAGAUGUGGAGGAAGUGACGAGCUUCCUCGACCAGAGAUUUGAUGAGAAGCAACGGAUUUGCAAAGUGCAGGAGAAGGAAUGGAGAGAAAUGAUAGAAGCGUUGCUGAGGUCUCAUGAGUUCAAGCUCGAAGCUUGUGACAGUACCUGGAGGAACUGUGUGGCGAGGACGGUCGGCAUCUUGAAAUCAAAGCUUGGUAGGAAGAGUGUGACAGAGAAGGAUGUUGAUGUGGAGGAGUUUCCAUAUCCAAGAAAUCGGAAUUUUGUAGGAAGAGAGAAAGAAUUGCAGGAUAUGGAGUUAUCCUUCUUCGGAAGCACAGAGUAUGAUGAAAGCAAGUAUGUGAAGAUGGGAUUUAGAGGAGGCUCGGAAGAAUUACUUGAUGGGUUUGCAGAUGAGGAAAGUGACACCGUAAAGACCAGAGGGAGGUUUAUUAACUUGGAGAUGAGGAAAUGCAAGGAACCAACUUUAGAGGCAUGGAUCGAACCAGUUGUUGAAUUGGCAAACAGAGGAAGGAGCCCGCAGAAACAGAGACAUAAACAAAAGAAGUCCAGGCAUGGAGGCAAGAACUCUGGCAGGCUAGACUCUGGAUUCCAUCAAUGUGGUACUGGUAAUGUGGUCUGUUUAACUGGAGGGACUGGUUUAGGUAAGACUGAGCUUGCACUAGAGUUCGCUUACAGAUAUGCUCAGAGGUAUAAAAUGGUUCUUUGGGUAGGGGGAGAGUCAAGGUUCUUUAGGCAGAAUAUAAUGAAUCUAUCGGCAAAGUUAGGUUUGGAUGUGAGUGCAGAAACACAGCAUGAGAGAGGAAGAAUUAGGAGCUUUGAGGAACAAGAAUUGGAUGCCUUCCAAAGGGUAAGGAGAGAAUUGUUCAGAGACGUCCCAUACCUGCUGAUAAUUGAUAAUCUUGAGUCAGAGAAGGAAUGGUGGGAUGCUAAAGACCUGCAUGAUCUGAUUCCCCGGAUAACAGGUGCUACCCAUGUCCUAAUCACUACUAGGCUUUCAAAGGUUUUGAGCUUUGAACAUAUGCAAGUCCCACCAUUGCCAAUGGCAAAUGUUAUGGUUUUGAUGAAAGGGAAGCGCAAGAAGGAUUAUCCGAGCGAAGAACUGGAUAUUCUAAGGAAAUUCCAUGACAAGCUGGGGCAGUCCAGUUUCGGGUUAGGAGUUGUCGCAUGUUUGCUUUUUGAACUCGCAAUGUCCCCAUCCUCACUGUUUGAAGCUAUCAACAAGCUCCCCCUGGUUGAGUAUGCUGAUGAUUCAGCUUCCUGUUCCCCAAUUGCUAGUGAAGACCAGUUCUUUAAGAACAAUCAGUUUUUGAUGAAGACCCUGUCCUUCUGUUAUACCAUAUUGUGUCAAUUCAGUGGGGGAAGGAAUCUUGCCUCUAGGAUGGUUCUUGCUGGUGCUUGGUUUGCUCCUUCACCUAUUUCUGCAAACCUUUUAGCAGCAUCCGCCAAGAACAUUCCUGAAAGUGGAAAGAGCUUUGAUCAUUGGAAGAAAUAUUUGGCAAUGGCUGUCUGUUCUUCCUCUCAGUGUUUCAUGGGGCCACAAGCUCGAAGAUCUGAAGCUGAGGCUGCCCUUUUGAUAGUAAAGCUAGGCCUAGCCAGAAGAUGUAACAAGCAGUUAGGCUGCUCAAUCCAGUUCCAUGAUAUCACCCGACUGUUUGCAAGAAGAAGAGUUGGCCUAACUGCCGCAAAAGCUACUGUUCAAGGGGUGAAGAAAAUAGGAAACCCAGUUCUCAAUUCAGAUCAUCUCUGGGCUGCAGCAUUUUUGGUUCUCGGAUUCAAGUCAGAACCUAUGCUAGUUCAGCUCAACGCCAUUGAUCUGGUUCUUUUCAUCAGAAGAGUGGCAAUACCACUAGCUCUUCGUUCAUUUUCUGUGUUCUCUCGGUGCAAUGCUUCCUUAGAGCUUCUAAAAUUGUGCACAAAUGUGCUCGAAGAUGUCGAGAAAUCAUUUGUGUCGCAGAUUCAAGAUUGGUGUCAUGGAUCAUUCUGCUGGAGGAAGAAAAACCAAUCCAAACAUAGCGUUGACGAAUACGUGUGGCAAGAUGUUACACUGUUAAAGGCUACGCUGCUAGAGACCAGAGCCAAGCUGUUACUUAGAGGGGGACAGUUUGACACUGGGGAGGAACUAUGCAGAACCUGUAUCAGUAUAAGGACUGUGAUGCUAGGCCAUCACCAUGCGCAGACCCUGGCUGCACAAGAAACUCUUGCCAAGUUAGUCAGGUUCAGAAGUAAGAUUUGAGCUAAACCCUUGUUGCCAUUUUUCUUUUCUUGGAUCUUUCUUUUCCCUUUUUAAAAGGAUCCAACACUGUAAAUUGGUCUUCUUGUUUACUCAAUUUGAAUGGCGGGAGUCUGUUUCUACCAAGUCUUCCUCUUUAUCUUCAAUCACAACCAAAGCAUCCUCCCUCGCUGUCUGCACUCUUUCUGCAUUUCUACACUUCUCAUUAACUAUAUUUCCAUCUGCCUCAAGGAGGAUAGUACAACCCCGCGGCAAGACAGUUUACAUUCAAGGGAUUCAAGGUUCGAAAGGGGUUCAAGGUUCGAAUCUGGUGCCUCUGUCACAUUCUGGUAUGUUAUUCUUUUGAACUCCAAAUAAUGGCAAGUGCGACAGUGCACCUCACAGGACUUGAAAUUGCUUUUUUCCCCUGCAAAUUUCACG